UAUUGUAUUAAGAAUGCAAAUAACUUUGUGCGCAUUGUUUUUAAUACAUUCUCUGGGAAUGGUGCUACUUGUAGUUGCGGAAGAUGAUUUUCCCAGAAUAUCGUUGGAUAUGAUUCCGAAAGUUCGGUAUCCCGCUCUAAAAUUGCCACAGCCAAAACGGGUAAAGCCUUUUUUAAGGUACAGAAACGACAGCAAAGUUAUGCCCCUCUCCAAGCAUUUGUCACAGAGAGAGCGCUUGACAAUAUUUGAAGACUGCCAGUCAAUAGGUGGAUUGUGCAAAGUGCCCGAGGAAUGUUGUACUCUUAAGUGCUUAAAGCUAUCCAAAUUAUGCGUUAUUUAAAAUCGGAUUUGGUCUAUCGAAAUAAGGUCAAUCACGAGAUAACUGCUUUAAUUAUGUAUAUAUUGUAUAUCCUAUUUAUAAUAUUAACAUUGAAGUUUAAGGUUUAAAUAUUACUAAUAAACAGAGAAUUUGACAGAA